AUGGCCAAGGGUGACGUUAACCAGGCCGAGAAGUCCGUCUUCGGCAUGCCCGGAUUCGUCGUCGACUUCCUCAUGGGUGGUGUUUCCGCUGCCGUCUCCAAGACUGCUGCUGCCCCCAUCGAGCGUAUCAAGCUCCUUGUCCAGAACCAGGAUGAGAUGAUCCGUGCUGGCCGUCUCGACCGCAAGUACAACGGUAUCGUCGACUGCUUCCGUCGUACCGCCCAGGCUGAGGGUGUUAUGUCCCUGUGGCGUGGUAACACUGCCAACGUCAUCCGUUACUUCCCUACCCAGGCUCUGAACUUCGCUUUCCGUGACACCUACAAGUCGAUGUUCGCCUACAAGAAGGAGCGUGAUGGAUACGCCAAGUGGAUGAUGGGUAACCUUGCCUCCGGUGGUGCUGCUGGUGCCACUUCCCUCCUCUUCGUCUACUCCCUCGACUACGCUCGUACCCGUCUUGCCAACGACGCCAAGUCCGCCAAGGGUGGUGGUGAGCGCCAGUUCAACGGUCUCGUUGAUGUCUACCGCAAGACCCUCGCUUCCGACGGUAUUGCCGGUCUCUACCGUGGUUUCGGUCCCUCCGUUCUUGGUAUUGUUGUCUACCGUGGUCUGUACUUCGGCAUGUACGACUCCAUCAAGCCUGUUGUCCUGGUUGGUUCUCUUGAGGGUAGCUUCCUUGCUUCCUUCCUGCUCGGCUGGACUGUCACCACUGGUGCUGGUAUUGCUUCUUACCCUCUUGACACCAUCCGUCGUCGUAUGAUGAUGACCUCCGGUGAGGCCGUCAAGUACAAGUCCUCCAUGGAUGCUGCUCGCCAGAUCGUCGCCAGGGAGGGUGUCAAGUCUCUCUUCAAGGGUGCUGGUGCUAACAUCCUCCGUGGUGUUGCCGGUGCUGGUGUCCUGUCCAUCUACGACCAGGUUCAGCUCAUCCUCUUCGGCAAGAAGUUCAAGGGUGGCUCUGGCUAA